CAGGACCUCGAGCGCAUCCAAAAGUACCGCGACCUCGAAUCCCACCUCCGCCAGCUCGUCUCCUCCUCUGAUUACUCCCGCCGCAAAACCUUUGACCUCACCACCACCCUCCUCAAGCUCAACCCGGAAUACUACACAGUAUGGAACGUCCGCAGGCGUACGCUAACUUCUGGCUUAUUCUCAAGACGGUCGGAUGGGUGCUCAUGCUCGAGGGCGUGCUCGAGUUCUUCUCGGUCAGACACUACAACAACGUGUUCCGACGAGUCAUCGUGCUCUUAUUCGACAAGGACCCCGCACAGCCAAGCUUGCCGGAGGAUUGGGAGGAGUGGUAUAAUAGCUGACCAGGGGUCUGAUGAUACCGCUGUCGCGCAAGAACCAACGGAGCGAGAAGAUGGGGAGGCCCAGAAGAAGGAUCUUGAUAUUAUAACCUCGGAGCUGUCUUUUACUUUUGGGCUUUUGCUCAAGAGCCCGAAAUGCUACUGGAUUUGGUCGUAUCGGCUUUGGACAUUGGAUCAGUCUAUCCUGCUUCUGCCGGUGGAGAAGGCGAAGAAGAUUUGGCAGGACGAGUUGGGACUCGCGAGCAAGAUGCUGUCGAUGGACCGCAGGAAUUUCCAUGCGUGGGGGUACAGGCGGCAUGUUGUCAGCCAGCUGGAGAGCAGGGAGCUGGGCGGGGAUUCGUUGGUGGAGAGCGAGUUUGCGUAUACGGACCGGAUGAUCCGGGCUGAUUUGAGUAAUUUCUCGGCUUGGCAUAGCAGGAGCACGCUGAUUCCGAGGUUGUUGGAUGAGAGGGGGGCGGGGGAGGAUGAGAGGAGGGCUUUUUUAGAUGCCGAAUUGACCCAAAUCCGAGAAGCGCUCAAUGUCGGCCCCGACGAUCAGUCACUGUGGUAUUAUCACCAGUUCCUUGUCGACAACCUCGUCAAUCCAGUUAGGCGUCCCACCAUUGUCCCGACCUUGACGGUAGAUCAGAGAGUGGACUACCUCUUGAAAGAAAUCACGGAAAUCAAGGAUCUGCUAGAGGAUUAUGAGGAUGUGAAGCUGAUCCAUGAGGCGUUGUUGGAAUACACGCUUGGGUUGUGUCAGCUGGAGAAGAGGAAACCUCUUGAGCAUGAGAGGCAGGAUCUGAUAUCUUGGGUGAAGAAGUUGAAGGAGUUGGAUCCGAUGAGGAUGGGGAGGUGGGUCGAUUUGGAGAGGGAUUAUGGGUUGACUGAGUUGCUUCCUGGCGGGGGGGGUGGGUUGUUAUGA